AUGGGCGCCAUAAUUUCAUUACCAAUUAAUUUUGUUGGCUCCUUUGUUGCAUCUUCCCUAGGAGGGUGUUGUGCAAAUGCAUUUUCAAAUGUUGUUUCCUCCGUUGGGUCUUCUUCUUUAGGAACUAGAUUAUUAUAUGCGUUUUGGUUACUAGGUAAUUCAUUGCUUUCAUGGAUUUCAAUGUCAGUAAAUAAAUCCUUUCUUUGGCCAGAUAAAACAUGUACAGCAACUGGUGAAUGUGGUUUUUUUACAGUUCAUAGAUUAAAUUUUGCUUUAAGUUUGAUGCAUUUGUUAUUAGCUGGUCUUCUAAAAAAUGUCAAAUCUACUAAAGAUGCAAGAGCGGUGCUCCAAAACUCAUGGUGGUCUUUAAAAUUUUUGAUGUACAUAAUAUUUAUUGUAUUUUCCUUCAUGCUACCAAAUGAAUUUUACAUAUUCUUUUCCAAAUGGGUCUCAGUACCUUCAGGUUCCAUUUUUAUCUUAGUUGGUUUGAUAUUAUUAGUGGAUUUUGCACACCAAUGGGCAGAAACAUGUAUAGAACAUGUUGAAGCCGAAGAUGAGCAUGCAAAAUUUUGGGAAAUAGUAUUAGUUGUCGGUACCAGUUCGAUGUAUGGUGUAUACUUAGUGAUGAAUAUUGUAAUGUACAUUAUGUUCUGUCAUUCAGAUUGUAAUAUGAACGAAACAGCAUUGAUUAUAAAUAUAAUAUUAUCAUUACUUGCAUCAGGAAUCUCAGUUCAUCCAAAAAUUCAAGAAGCUAAUCCUAAAUCAGGUUUAGCUCAGAGCGCUAUGGUUGCAGUAUAUUGUACAUAUUUAACUAUGAGUGCGAUGGCGUCGGAACCAGAUGAUAAAAGAUGUAACCCACUAGUUAGAAAUAGCAGUACUCGCAGUAUGAGUGUUAUAAUUGGUUCUAUAUUUACAUUUAUAACAAUUGCUUAUACAACAACUAGAGCUGCAACAAAUACAGCCUUCCAAGGGAAUAGUGGAAAUGGUGAAGUAUAUUUGGGAGAUGACUUAGAAUAUGAAGGUUUAGGCGGCCAAACAAGAAGUCAACUUCGGUAUGAAGCAAUUAAGCAAGCAGUUGAAGAAGGUUCUCUUCCAGAAAGCGCAUUGCAUGAUUCCACCUGGCUUGGAAACAUUAACAGGGAUGGAUCAAUGGAUGAUGCAAACGAUGAUGAAAAAAAUGGUACCAAGUACAAUUAUUCUCUUUUUCAUUUAAUAUUUUUCUUAGCUACUCAAUGGAUUGCCAUUUUGCUGACGAUAAAUAUUACACAAGAUGAUGUUGGAAAUUUUAUUCCCGUAGGCAGGACUUAUUUCUAUUCUUGGGUAAAGAUCAUCAGCGCAUGGUUAUGUUAUGGACUAUACAUUUGGACAAUUAUAGCGCCAAUAGUUAUGCCAGAAAGAUUUGAAUUUGAUGAGUAUUGA